UAAAUAAACAAGAGAAAAAAAGACAAAAAAUCCAAUAAACAGAAAAUGUCAUGUUCUGAAAUGACAACAAUACCCUUCUUCUCCAAUAUGAUAUACAUUGAUCAUGUUCUCUGAACUUGAGCUUGUUUUUGCAGGAUAUAAAAAUCAUGGGUGAAAGUGCAAAUAUAAUCGAGUUUCAAGAACUUGCGAGGCGGGCCCUUCCGAAAAUGUACUACGACUUCUAUGCGGGCGGAGCCGAAGACCAACACACACUCGAACAAAACGUGAAAGCGUUUCAAAGAAUCACAAUCCGUCCAAGAAUUAUGAGAGAUAUAAGCAGAAUAGAUACGACAACAACGAUUAUGGGCUACACCACAUCGGCCCCGGUUAUCGUUGCCCCUACAGCCAUGCACAAAUUGGCACAUUUCGAAGGAGAAGUUGCCACGGCCAAAGCUUCGGCUGCCUCAAACGUUAUAAUGGUGUUAUCCUUUAUGUCAACAUGUACGGUGGAGGAAGUUGCUUCGAGCUGCAAUGCAGUUCGUUUCUUACAAUUAUACGUGUAUAAAAGACGGGAAAUAUCAGCUAUGAUGGUGAAAAGAGCCGAAAGAAAUGGAUAUAAGGCUGUAAUUCUUACUGUUGAUACUCCUAGACUCGGGCGAAGGGAGGCAGAUAUUAAGAACAAGAUGAUUGCACCUCAGUUGAAGAAUUUUGAAGGGCUUAUUUCAACACAAGUUGUCUCUGAUAAGGGUUCGAAUAUUGAAGCCUUCGCGUCUGCGUCUUUCGAUGAUUCACUGUGCUGGGAGGAUAUCGGAUGGUUGAAAUCCAUUACAAGUUUGCCAAUAUUGUUGAAGGGGAUUCUCACCCGAGAAGAUGCAUUAAGAGCAUUGGAGGUAGGUGUAUCGGGAAUAAUUGUUUCUAACCAUGGCGCUCGUCAACUCGAUUAUAGUCCAGCCACCAUCACUGUUCUUGAAGAGGUGGUGGUUGCAGUGCAAGGGAAUAUUCCAGUUCUUUUCGACGGAGGAGUGAGACGCGGAUCGGAUAUAUUCAAGGCCUUAGCUCUCGGUGCACAAGCUGUUAUGAUUGGAAGACCAGUUAUUUAUGGCUUAGCUGCAAAGGGAGAUCAUGGGGUUAAAAGAGUCGUAGAUAUGCUCAAAGACGAGCUCGAGUCCACCAUGGCACUAGCAGGAUGUUGCAAUGUGAAGGACAUAUCAAGAAGCCAUGUUAGAACAGAGCAUUGCAGACUCUAAUAAUUAUUUUUUGUUUCACUUAUGUAACUCUUAAGUAAUGUAAUAUUGAGGGGAGACUGUUAUUUC